AUGGCGACUCCGAUCGGUUCUCCCCGUGUCCCCUCGACUGUCGGUUCUUCACUAGUGACGCCAGUUGCUCGGGAUGUCGUGGAGCCCGAUGAUAGUGCCCACGACGAUCAGAGAGCUCAGCACCAUGCGCCGCUUUUGCCAUGCUCUGCUGCCGCUUUCGCAACGCCUGGCACGAUGCACGCCGGCAUGCUGCCUGCUCCUGCCACCGCUCGUGCUUUGCCUUUGUUGCCUGCCUUUUCUGCGUCCGCUGCUCCUGCUGCUUCCGCACCUGCCCUUCUUCCGACCGAUUCUUUGUCUUGUCCUCUGUCCCUUCGCGGGGAUCCAGAGGGCGCUCGGGCCCUCUUUGGGUCCGGGCCGGACGGCCGUGGUCCACCGAUUUCGGACCCGGCGUCCUUCCGUCCACCGCGCCCCGAUUCUUAUGGGCCGGUGGCAGGCCGCGGUGGAGCCUCGCUCCCCGACGAGCCUAUGAGCGAGCACCCGGGUGCACCCCAUGUUUCCGUCGCAACGAUUACCGCGGCGGAUCAUGGUGGUGCUGCCCCCGCCACCGAUAACGGCGGGAGGCUUCCCGGUCCCUGCGCUGUCAGGGCCCUGGUCGAUGAAGCCAUUGGGUCGGAAGCAUCCGCGCGUAUCGCCACCGAUAUUUUGGCGAUCGCGCAGGGUGUAUCCGACACCCAAGCCGACCUCGAUAUCCUGAGGAUCGGCGUCUCGGACAUUGCUGAAGCACUUGAAGACAAGAUCCGAGAAAUGUGGGAGCUUCUACAGGCCGAAAUGAGGAAGGAGCGUGAACUACACACGAUCUUUCAGGACUCCGUCCGCGAAAGGCGGAUUUCGGAUCAUGAAACUCUUGAAGAGCAUUUUGCGAGGCUCAACUCGAUGGUCAACGAUCGAUUCAUUGAGUUUGAUGAGCGGAUCCACCGAUUCAACGAAAAGCGUGCUGGAUCGAUAUCCAUGCAGCUUGCUGAGACGAUCCGCCACAUCAAGCAUUACCCUGAUGCGCUGCAGCAAAUUCAGAUCAAUAUCUCAAAUGCUGAGGCGCGCAUCGCUACGGUUGAGCAGAAUGCUACUCACCGUAUCGAGGUCAUUAGAACCGAAAUGAGCCGUGCUCUCUACGAUCAUAAGGAGAGUAACCGUGUUCUCAUCGAUCAGCUCACUGCUCGCAUUCAGCAUCUUGAGAGCUCUCAUGUCCGCAGGGGUGGUUCUGACAUGUCGACACCUUCGCGUCCGGAACGGACGCAGUUCUUCGACAUCAGUGACCAUGAUGGGGAUAUCCCACGUCCCGCGGACUUGCCGCCAGUUCCUGGUGCUCUAUUCCCUGGCGGACCGACUACAGCCAUUCCGAGAUCUUCUUUGUUAGGUCCGAUUGAUCAUGGCUCUCCGCCGGGAUGCAAUGCUGCGCCUGCUGAAAAGGCCUCAACGGUGCACUCUCAGACGAGUGGCAUCAAUCUUGAUGACAUUCUGAGGCGCGCGCAGCAACGAGUCGCUGAUGAUCAUCCUCCUGAAAGUCGCGGGCAAAAUAAUCCUGUUGAGCCCGUCCGACAAAAUUAUGGCCAAACGUCUGCCUCUUUUUCAGGAAGAUCUCCGAUUCCGACCGUUCCGUCCACAAAUGCCGCCGGAACGACAUCCGGCCAAGCUCCGAGUGUCAGACCCUUCCCUGUCGAUGAUGAUCUGGCCAUUCGCAGUGGCGUCCGCUAUGACCCUGAAACCCAGAGAUUUGCUCCAGAGCCCAAGCGGAGCCCUACAUUUCCGUGCCAGAUCUCAUAUGAUACGCGAACUGUUCCGGCAGGAAAGGGACCUUCAAGAUGGUAUGAUGCAAUGCUUGGCCGAUCCAAUCUCAUUGGCAGCGGUUCUGGUGCACCUGUUCUCCAAAGCGAGACUGAUACCUUCACGCUAGCACCGAGCGCAAGCGUCACUGGGACACUUCGACCUGCUGCCACUGAUGAUGUGGCGGUGGUGGACCACCCAGUGGCCCGCCCAGUGGCCCGCCCGGUGGUGGUGGCCCUCCUGACGGGAAUGGCCCGACUGAUGGUGGACUUGAUCCGCCUAGCAUCAGGCCCUCCGGCCGGCCGAGUGGGAAUGAUACUUUCCAGUGCGAGCGAUGCACCGGAACUUUCCCAACCACCGUGCGGCGAUCGUGCAUAUCUUGCCGACUCUCGUGUUGCAAUGGAUAGACAGACUGGGAAUCCGCCCGGUCCCAACGAUACGGGAUUCGGUGGACCCAAGGGCGAUGGAUCGCUGAGCGAGGCUAAGAAGGCGAAAUGCAAGUCCUUCCGACUCGAUCCCGAGCCGGAGCCCGCUCAGCUGCGGCGCUGGAUCGUCGACAUGAAGGAGCGAGUUGCAAAUGCAUUCGCGUACGAUCCCGGAUACGCACUCUCGUGGGUUGAGAUUCCCGAUGGUACACGAUAUGAAGACCUUCUUGAUGAGUGCAAGUACGGAAUGCUUGAGAAUGAAUGCAACUCUGCAUUCCGCGAGUGCGUCAAAUCCAUUGCACUAAAGAAUAAGAUCCAGACCGAAACCGAGCGCAUGCAUACGAUAAAUCGGCGACUCGGCAGCAGGCAGAUCUUGUGGUUGUUGUAUGAUUUCCUUCGACCACAUGUCACUGGCGAUUCGACCUUCAAGCUCGUCGAUCUGAUGAAGACCACGAUUGAUCGGUUUACUCAUGGAUCCGAGCAGGAGAGGCUAGAAGCCUUCUCCAAUCGGUGGGAUCAUGUUCUCGCUGGUAUCUCAGUCGAUCGUCCCGAGGAUCCUGUUCUCUGCGCACUCUUCUAUGAGCAGGUACGUGAGUUCCGCUGUCUCGAGCUCGAUAUGCAGUUGUGGGACAGGGACGUGUCUGUCCGGAACUACGCGUACUUGCGGACUGUCUGCGUCAAUGCGAUUACAACUUGGCGCCGGCGUCGCAACCAGGAGAAGAUACUCAAGAAGAGGGAGUCCCUACCGAAGGAGCUCGCCGAGGCGCUCGUCGCCCAGACGAUCCUCCCCGAGGCGCGGUUCGCCGAGGCGAUACUCGCCGCGCAGUCCGGGAAGGGCCGCUCCUGCUCCGACGCGCCCUGCGUCACGAUCUCCACGAGGGCGGGAAAUCUGCUACGAUUUCAAGAACGGCAGAUGUACGCGAGGAAGCGGUUGUAA